AUGUGUGGAAAACUAGAGGACGAAAAGAAGGAAUUAGAAGAAAAACUAUUAACCCUUCAAUCGAGGGAAAAUGAUUCGGUGGAAAUUGAUCCAAGAGGACAGUAUGAAGCAGGAAGUGAAAAGACUGAGAGGGAGAAAACAUUGGAGGAAACGGUGCAGUCUUUACAGGAUGAAGGAACGGCUAGCGGAAAAACCAUGGUUGAUCUUGGUUCAAUUUCUUGGGGUAUUGACCCCAAAUGUACAUUUUUAACCUUGCUCUUCCUCUACUUGUGCUUCCGGUUAUUGAAAUUUCUAACACGCAAGAAUGAAACCAUCCAAAAGGUAAGGAAGCAGAGGCGGAGAACUUGCCGGAGAGAAGCAGAGGAGGGGAGGAAGCUGCUUUCUAUUCUGAAAAGCCCCUCGGGCCAGAGUAGUGAUAUCAUCCACUUCCGGCAACUCUUAUGUCCAGACCCCCUCUGUGGAGUGUGUAAUAGAACAUCUGCUAAGGUCAGUCAACUGAUCUGUAAGGCAUCCUUGGAAGAUCUUGCUAAUUCUGUGUCCCAUGUGCCUUCCAUAACGUCUGCAAAAGAGUCAUCAGUUUUUCUGUCUGCAGCUGUCUCAGCCAUUCCUUCAGGAGCUUCAAUAUCAGCCCCUUUGUCUGAGCCCACUCCACCUCCUUCCUCUGAAGUCUCAUCUGACCAAGCCACCUCUUUAACUGAACAAGUUUUGCCCUCAUCACUCUCUGGUGACUCUCUGCCACCAGAGUCUGUUCCUCCCUUGACUACAGAGCUUCCAGUGGAUCAUAUCCCAACUCAACCACCUAUGCCAAUCCCUCCUCCCUUGAGUACAGACCUUCCAGUGGAUCAUAUCCCAACUCAACCACCUAUGCCAAUCCCUGCUCCCUUGAGUACAGACCUUCCAGUGGAUCAUUUCCCAACUCAACCACCUAUGCCAAUCCCUCCUCCCUUGAGUACAGACCUUCCAGUGGAUCAUUUCCCAACUCAACCACCUAUGCCAAUCCCUCCUUCCUUGAGUUCAGAACAUCCAGUGGAUCAUUUCCCACCACAACCACCUGUUCCAAUCCCUCCUUCCUUGAGUUCAGAACAUCUAGUAGAUCAUUUCCCACCUCAACCACCUGUUCCAAUCCCUCCCCCGUUACAUGACAGUCAAGAAAUACAAUCUGAUCUCCAACCUGAAACCACCCUGUCUCUGGCGGAUAGACCAGAUGGGUUGUCCACUGAUGUCCCAAUGACCAGAAGCACUGACAGUGCAAGUCUUGAAAAACAGUCCCAUGCUGAGAACUUGUCUCCUUCUAAAUUGGAGCACACUGAUGAUCAUGAAAACCUCAUUGACUUCCAUUCUUCUGAGCCCUCUUUGGAAAGUGAUACUAAAACCAACCUUGUAGAAUCUGGAAACAUCUCCUUUCUCAGCCCAGAUGUCUUGGCACUCCUGGAGAGACAAAUAAAAAAGAAGGGUGAUUUCCUGAUGCAGAAGGAAAAGAAAAAGAAAAAAUCUUUUCCAAAAGAACUUAAGCCAGACUACAAACUCCAUUCUUCAGAGAAAAUGUUAAAGUCAGUUGCUGAUCAACAGGACUCACCUGUCUCUCUCCCUUUACAGAGCAGCAAAGACAAAUCAGAGGAAUUGCAGGGACAACACCAGAUCCCAUAUCCUAAGUCCUCUGAGGGUCAUUUACAGCAAAAAUAUACCCAAUUCUUUUGGGGACUCCCAUCUCUGCACAGUGAGUCCUUGAAUCCUAAGGUAUUUGUUUCAGGUGACUCUUCAACCUAUGUCUACUUCAAUAAAAUGUCCAAUUCCACCACAGUGGAUGAAUCUCCAGUUCUACCCCAUUCCCCACCUCUGUCCUUGCCUGAGAUCCAAUCUCAACCCUUGACCCAAACCCCAUCCCAGUCUCAACAUACUCCUCCUCCUCUCCCGUCCCAAGACCAGCUGCAGUCCUCAGCCCCUAUCUUGUCACCACUCCCAUCAUCCCAGGUUCAAAGCUGUGGAGUGUGUUUUCAUAGAUUCCAGGAUGAGGCACAGUCUCUCCUGCCAUCUGAAAUUCACGACUUGGAAUAUAACGUGUUACAGAAAGAACAGGAAAAUUUGUGGGGUCUACCCUCUGUGGUCCAAAAAUCCAAGGAACAGUUUUGUCCUCCAGCUCCCAAUCUUUCAUUGGAUAGGCAGUCCUCCAAGGUUUAUGUUUCACCAUCCAUCCUUCUGGGAGAUUUUCCACUCAAAAAAGAGCUUCGGAAGAAACUAGAGCACCACCUUCGAAAGAGACUUAUUCAACACCGGUGGGGUCUGCCCCGCAGAGUCCAUGAGUCUCUGUCAAGUAUGAAUCCUCAAACAGCAGAAGUUCCUGAGAUAGCUGAGUCUAAGAGCAGUUAUGGACUUUCAUGGAUCUCUUUGUUUAAGGGUCAAAGUAGCAAAGAUCUUAAAUUGAGCCAAUCCAGAUGUUCCCAUGAAAGAAACUCAGAACUGCUUCCUCUAGAGGAGAGAGUGAAGAAAGUAAAGAGUCCAGAGAUUGGCACAAAAGAUUAUCCACUGAGUGACCCAAAGGGGGCUCCAGAUAAUAGUCUGUACUCUGACUUUAAGACAGACCUGAAAAAUCAAUUGAAUAGUCUUUUAGGAAAAAAAUCAAGAACUUCAAGGGAUAACUCAAUUCACAAACAACUGACAGAAGCUCUGGAAGUACAUUUGAGCAAGAAAUUUGAGGAAAUCAAUGAGAGUCAGAUGCCUGGCUCUGUGCAUAGAUCAUGGCAUUCUAUGGAGCAAUUAUUGAGUUGCUCCAAGAAAUCCCCCAGCCAAAUGAAACACAGUGAUUUGGCACCACUGGUGGGUGAAGACAACUUCCUCAAUACCUCCCAAGAUAUUUCCUUCCUUGGUUCCAAAAAACAAAAGAAGUUGGAAGACCAUAUUAAACUGUUUCAUGAGAGGAUGAAAUGUGGGCUUCCCCACAAGGUCCAGGAAUCCAUAGAUAUCUUCAACAUGAAAGGGACCCCAUCCUGGUCCUCUUUUCAUUCUGAAGUUCCCCCCUCAGCCAGUCUUAUUUCUGGUAAGGAUUCUAAUAUUGGAGUCUCCAAGCCCCUUAAAGGAGGCCUUAACACUUUUCAUGGAGACAAGAAGGGAACAACAAUUUCAGCUCCCACCGUAGAUCGUCCUCGUCCUGCCACUUCAACUGUGAGCAAGGAAAGUAAGAAGACACUAAGAUAUUCUCUCUCUUGUACCUCUCAUGAGCUUACAGAGAACAUCAAGGCAACUGAGAGUGACAGACAGACUUUGUUACCCCGCAUACGCAGUGACAUAAAUGAAGAGAGUCAGAAGCAGAGUGUAAUAGCCAAUAAAUGCAGCUCAAAGCUGCCCACAAGGCAGGCUGGGGCUAGACCCAAGUCAUGGAAUAAGGGAAUGAGUCCCAACAAUAGCACAGAAAAGCCCCAGAGAAAAAUGAUUAAGAAUUUAGAAUAUUUUCCCACGUUUAACAAGUCCAGGGAGAUAUUCAAGGCAAAAGAACUCUGUGUUGUUCGAUCACAAUCUACUAACAGCCUGAUGACCAUAGAGGCAGAAAGCUUCUCAGUGAUAGAUGUGAAUAUGAGUAAAGUUGAACCAACCCUGAGCACUGAAAGGCCCCCAGAAGGAAUAUCAGCUCCCAAAGAAUCUGAAUCAUCAGAUCUUAAAAAUCAGUUGCUUAAUGAGUUGAAGUUUAAAAUGGAGAGCAGGGAGCAUGGUCUGGCUUCAGGCUUUACCCCUGACUUGUCUCUUGCUUCUGAUAACUUGACUUCGAAGACAUUACUAACUCAUUUCCAGAGUGCUUCUAGUGGUGACAAGGCAGCUUCCCAGGUGCUACAAGCCCAUUUUGAGAACAGAGGGAUCAGUAUAGAGCAGGGACAAAAACCCUGGAUCCCUACACAUGUUUUAUGCAAGUGUCAGGACAAGAAUUUAGCACUAGCAUCAAAGAGAGAGUGCCCGCUGGCACCCAAAACAGGUGAGUUUGGUGGAGGGGAUGCAGGGUUGGGGACACGCCAACCUAGAAGGAGGCCCCACCACACUCAAGACACAACAUUAAAGGAGGUACUUGGGAGCAAGUCCUCCCAAGCCCUAUCACUGAAGGGACAACCUCCUCCUGAAAACAUCAGAAAUCAGAUUAAACACUUUUUUCAAUGGUUUUGCCCUAGUACAAAACCCAAAGGGCAAGAAGGUUUCCUGAAAAAGGGCAGCUCUUCAUCAUCCGUGAAAGGCCAAAACCUGAUUAAGAGGAGAGCUGCCUUCACUGGGAAUACUGAAGCUCAGAAAAUCAUGACGGACAUUGGGAAGGUCUUAGAGGAGAAACUAGUGGGGAGGCAUGGAGUAGAGAAAAAGCCUCUUUCCACCCUGAGGAUGUCUGGGAAAAUUCAGCACAAGGCAGGACCACAGGUUCAGGCAGAGCCUGUGCAGAAACAUGCCUUCAACCUCAAGACUCCUUGUUCUAAGGUGCCAAGUGCCAAGUCUUGCAGCCAAGAAGUUGGCCUCAUUGGUCAGAGGUAUCCUACAAGGAACAGAUGGGUCAUGGACAGGGGCAGACAACCCCAGAAAAGUGUGACAGUACAGGAUAAGCUAUCAUGUCAGAGGCAUUACCCACCCAUGCCUUACAAGGAGCCCAUGCUCCACCCAAAUACUACCUACAGAUGUCAAGUUGGUCAGGUGCCUCCAGCUACCCCUACUUUUGCUAAAGGCACUGUGUUGGGAAAUUUGUCCCUAUUGUUUAAACAGAAAAUGCUUCUCCGGAAUGUCUAGAAAGAAAAUUUUCUUCCCCCCCAAAUAAUAUAUUCCUUGUUGAAAAUAUUGAUUUUCCCCAAUAAAUUUUCUACUAAGAUGUUCUCUUUUCUGUGUACUGUGUUGGAGGUUUGGGUUUUGCGUAAACCAUAUCUUAUGCUUAGGAAGGGGAGAACCUCUUACUGA